AUGCUCUUGGCGCCCGGGUGCGUGCUCUGGCUGCACGCAGGAACAGCGGCGGCACUCUCGCUGUCUGUCGAGCGCCACGGCGAUCUUCGGCGGCACGUUCGCGCCACGCCGCUGAUGUCAUCGGAGAAGCGUCGCAGGCGCAAGCGCGAUAGGAUCCUGCGUACCUUUACACGGAGGCACGACCAUCGCGCCUCGUCUGCAGCUAGCGAGGAGCACGCUGACGGCGGACGCCAGCAUGUCGCUUCUGAGGCUGCCACAGCCGCCUCCGCCGCCUCCGCCGCAGCGAGCACGGCCGCAGACGCGGAGGUUGUGCGCCUGGAGCAGCAGAUCGCCAACGUCAUGCGGCGGACGACCGCGUUUCAGUCGGCGCAGGACGUGUACGCCGUGCAGGACCUGCUCUUCCGUCGCUUCCGCGCAAAGUACGCGGGCUCGCUCGGGUCCGACUACCUCUCCGAGCAACAGGCCGCGCUUCUCACGGCGCUGAUGAAGGGGAACGUGCCCGCGAUCCGGCGCAGCCUCGCGUCCGGUGAGUCGUGGGACUUUGUCUUCCCUCCCGCGCCGUACGCUGCGGACGGCUCCCGCGUGAUGCAGCUCGAGGGGCGCUGCCGCUCGCCGCUCGCGCUGCUGGUGCGGCCCGACGAGGGAAACCUGGAGGCCCUCUCGAGCGGCGCCGCCGACGCAAACUACCCGCGGGGGUACUGGUCGAGCCCCGGCGCGCACGCCUGCUUCGAGGGCGACGUCGAGGCCCUCUCGCUGCUGCACCGCUUCGGACUCAACCUCGAGCAAAAGGUGGAGUGGCUGCUGCAGCCGUCGCCGAGCUUCACGUACGCGCACGCCGCCGCCUUCAACGGCAACGCAAACGUCCUCACCUUCAUGCGGCAGCGCGCGCGGCUCCUCGACGCAAAGUCGCGCUUCGAGUACCGCUGGUGGGGGAACGACCUCUUCUGGUUCUCCUUCGACGGGAUCGUGCUGCCGUGCACGCACGACGGGCGCGCGAUGCCCAUCUUCGACGGCGCUCGCCGCUCGGACCGCGCCAACCGCUCGACGACGGUGGAGCAGCUCAUCGUGCGGCACGACCGGCGCGAGCUGCUCACCACGCCGGUGAUGCGCUUCGUGCUCGAGCGGAAGUGGGACUACUUCGCGGCUGCAAUCUACCAGCGCCGCUUCGCGCAGUACAUGCUCAUGGUGGGCGGCCUGCUCGGCGCCACCGUCUCGGACGUCGGCUCCGCCGCCUUCGCCGCCUCGUGCGCGGCGUGCGUGGGCAGCUGGGGCGCCUUCGUGCUGCAGGCGAGCCGCGAGGUCGCCGCACUCGGCCCCGCAAACUACUUGCGCUCGCCGCGCGUGCUCGCCGAGUGGCGCGUCCGCCGCUUGCUCAACGCGCUCGACAGCGUCCACCUGCUGCUGGUGCCGCUCGUGCCCGCCGUCAAGGCUUGCGUCGCCGCGGGGGCCCUCGACCCCUCCUUGCGGCCCGCCGUGGCGCCGGUGGCGGCGGCGCUGCAGCUGAGCCUCGCGCUGCGCGCGCUGCAGUACGUCGCGCUCAACCGCUCGCUCGGGCCGCUCCUCGUCAUCAUCGUCGAGAUGUUUGGCGACAUCCUCUCCUUUGUCGGCCUGUACGCCUUCAUCCUCCUCGGCCUCUGCAGACGGGCGUGCACUCCCCUCGCCACCUCGCCGCGCUUUGCGAACGGCUUCUACGUCCUCUUCUCCGCAGACGCGGCCUCGCCGAGCUACGGCGCCAUCGUCGAGACGCAGCUGCUCUGGCUGCUCGGCAACAUCGACUUUGACUUUUUCGGCUCGCUGGCCGACGCGCCCGUGCUGCUCAACACCGCGUACGCCUUCUUCUGGGUGUACACCUCCCUCUCCGUCUUUGUGAUGCUCAACCUGCUCAUCGCAAUCUUCAACUCGACCUACGAGAGAGUCGCCGUCGAGUCGGAGGCGGAGUGGCUCUGGCUCCGCCUCGAGGCGAUGCUCGACUUCGAGGUGGCCGCGCACGCGCCGGGGAUCGACGCGCCCGGCUUCGAGGAGUACUACUCCGAGCUGCGCGAGCGCAACAAGCAGCGCGCCGUCAGGUAG